UGUCAAGGGUGCAAUGAAUAUGCGUCGGUGUCAUGCAAGUGUGCGAUGACUGCAUAAGUGUGGUCGUGUACGUAAUCUAGUGAAUGCUUUAUGCUGAUGAAUCGGGGACAAUGUCCAGAUAUAAUUGCCGAUGAACUCUGAUUUAGUACUAGUCAUACAAGACUAGUAGAUAGAUUCCUUUACAAACUUGGGAUGUUGUAUCCCCAACUUUAGUUUAUAAAAAAAACUUGGCUGUCGAUCUCCUUUCUCGUUUUUGUGUUUCUUGAUCGACAGAUCAACGGAUGACUACCGCCUUUGCUGUCUGUUCACCAACAUCACGUGUUCUGUAAUCACACCUACUCCUUUGGACUCCUGCUCACGUCUCAUACCCCACAGUGUACUUCGGGUGGCCAUGUGGAUCAUCGGGUGUGGCGCCCUCAUCGGGAACCUCAUUGUCAUCUUUGUCCGGUUCAGGGAAGAGAGAAAUUCUGGCAAUAGUGUCCAAAGAAUGUUCAUAACGAAUCUUGCUCUGGCUGAUUUUCUGAUGGGUGUGUACAUGGUGACAAUCGCCUCUGUGGAUAUAUUCUAUGGUGACGGGUACUUCCUUUCGGCACCAAUCUGGCGUGAGUCACAUCUCUGUCGUUGGGCAGGGUUCGUGGCUCUUCUCUCAAGCGAAAGCACAGUCUUCCUGCUGGCUCUUAUUACCAUAGACCGAUUCAUCUGCAUCUCUUUUCCCUUUGGAACUGUCCGUUUCCACCGUUCAUCUGGACGAGUAGGUGUUGGUCUGGUGUGGAUUCUGACAUUCACUCUCAGUUUAGCCCCGCUCAUAAUUGGAUUGUACAGUUCAGACUUCUAUGGUCUGUCGGAUGUUUGCGUGGGGCUACCUUUCAAUACAUACAUUGAACGAACCGGCCGCAUCACAUACUCCUCACCCGCAAACAUUUACCAGUUUAUCGCUGAUGGGGAGACCGAACAACGUCCCUACUGGCUAUAUUCUAUAGCUCUUUUCCUGGGUAUUAACUUCAUUCUCCUGAUCCUCAUUUUCCUCUGCUACUUAGUGAUCUUUCUCCAAGUACGUAGGUCUGCCAAGAUUUCUGGAUCAGAGAGGGUGAAGCGAGAGAUGCGCAUGACGGCCAAGAUGGCGUUGAUCGUCGGUACAGAUUUCUGUUGUUGGAUGCCUGUCAUUAUCAUGGGCAUUCUCUCACAAACGGGUGUCACGGAACUCCCGGUGUCUCUAUACGCUUGGGCUGUGGUGUUUCUCUUGCCAAUCAACUCGACUCUGAAUCCGUAUCUGUACUCUUUUGUGGCGCUCUGCUCAAAGAAAAGGGACAGGCAGUUUCCGCUAACAAACUUUAGCGUCAACAAGGUCAACGCUCCCCAAAACACAUGAAAAACCUUUACCAAUCAUUGUAAACAUUAUGGCCCGUAUUCUGAAGUCGAGUUUAACUUAAACUCCGGUUUAAAGUUGUGGAUUAAGUAUGGAUGGCCAAUUGUUACGUAAUUCACUAACAAUAG